UCAUUUCGCGCCUUUUGUUUGUGAAUAAACAUGUCUACCGGCUAUUCUUUCGAGUCGAGAUGUAGUUCGAAAGUUCCUCUGCUUAAAUUGUUGUGCCAUAUUGUUUUUAUAUCAUUUUUUGUUAUUGUACACCUUUAUAUUGUUUACGUUGUUUGAAUUAGAAAUGGAAGAUCUUCCAUUAACACAGACGCAGGAGGACAUCGUAGCCUCCCAAGAACUAGAUGAAAUAAGGAGACCAUGGGGGCGACUGUGUGCUUGUAUUUCAUCAAUGAUGUCUAUCGAUUUGUUUGAACCGGUAUAUACUUUUGGAAGAGCCCCCAGUUGCGAUAUUUUUGUCGACGAAAGACAGUUCCCCACAAUUUUAAAUGUUAGCAAAUUCCAUUUUAAGUUGUCGAGAGAAGACAACGAUUUGAUUUAUAUUACAGAUCUAAGCAAAAACGGAACAUUUAUAAACAAAACAAAAAUUGGUAAAAAUAACAAAUGUGUUAUUUGCAAUGACGAUGUCAUUGCUAUUGGACAACCCAGUAUUAUAGCUUACAGUUUCAUAUGCGAUAUCAAUCGUGAAGAUUUCGAGUUUCUACCUCGAGAAUUACGCCAAAAAUACACUAUUACAAAGCUUUUAGGAAAAGGUUCUUUUGGCCAAGUUCGCUUAGCGACUGAUAAGCAUACUCUGGAACAAUUUGCUAUAAAACGAAUUGAUAAACCAAGGUCCAGUAUCUCAACGCGUCAGAGGGGUAAUUCCACAAGUAUUAAAACCGAAGUUGAGAUACUAAGCUCGUUUAGUCAUGCCUUUGUUAUUCAAAUGAGAGAAGUUUUUGAGACUGAGAAUGAGGUUUUCUUAGUUUUAGAAUAUAUGAGUGGUGGGGAACUCACAAGUAGAAUUCGUUCAUCUUUACCGCUACCUGAGUGUGAGGUGAAGUUUAUUUUUUAUCAAAUCUUACUUGGAGUGAGAUAUUUACAUUUAAAUGGGGUUACACACAGGGAUUUGAAACCUGAAAAUGUGCUUCUGAGUACACAAAAUCACUAUCCCGCAAUAAAAAUCACAGAUUUUGGAUUAAGCAAAAUCAUGGACGACAUAAGUGUGAUGGAGACUGUCUGUGGGACUGUUCAAUACGCUGCACCUGAAGUUUUGCGAUUUUUUGAGCCCUACAACAGAAAAGUUGAUGUUUGGAGUCUUGGAGUGAUUCUGUUUUACAUGCUGAGUCGAAAACAGCCCUUUGCUGGUUCCAGUAGGGAAGAAGUUGCGCAAAACAUUGUAGCGGGUAAAAUAACAUGGGAUAAUAAAGCCUGGAGAAGUAUUUCAGAGUCGGCCAAGGAUCUGGUGAAAUCUAUGAUCACCGUGAACCCAGUUUUUCGCUGUGCAAUUGUAGAUGUUUUCAAUCAUGAGUGGAUUGCAAAGGAUCGUGAGACCAGAAGAAAGGUUGAUGAAAUGAUUCAAAGUUCUGAAGAAUCUAUCUACCUAUCUGCCGACUCGGACGACAGCCUCCAAUUACCAAAGAGAAGAAGGAUCUCUUUCUGAAUCUUUAUAUUAAUAGUAUUAUCAUUUAUUUUUGUUUGUUUUAUGUUUUGUAUUUUUUUACAUGUUUGUUUUACUUUUUCAUUUAAUUAUAUUCUAUAUUUAUCUUGA